GAUAAAAGCAAAACCUCGACUUCAAUUUUUUUUUAAAUUACGAUUCUCGACGUUCCUUAUUUUUCUAGUUUCAAGAAAACAUAACCUAUAUUUUGUAAAUUGGUGUGUGGUGUAGAAAUUACUCUGUAACUUAUUUCUGUUUUAAAUUUUAAAGAAUUAGCCCAAUCAGCCUACUAUGAUAAAGUAAAAUUUUAAAUCUUAUCGACUUUUGAGAAAAGACACUAUAAUAACUUUUCCGCUACGGUAUCAAAAUGAACAACGAGGAAGAAGAAGACGAUAUAUAUCAACUGAGAGGAUCAAAUGAUCAAAAAGGUGGCUUAAUAAUAAAAAAGAAACAGGCUCCAGGUAGCAGCAUUGAGUUUAAGGUUCCAAAACCAUCACUACUUGGCUUGGAUAAACUCGCAGCUCAGCGACGAAAGGAGAAAGAAGAAUCAGUUGAAAGAGAGAUAAAAAAAUCAAAAAUAUCGUCGUACAAAGAUGAAGAAGAAAUAGAAUUGGAUGAAAGCCCGUAUCGAUCUGAACAUAAGAAGAAAGAUAAAGAUAAAGACAGGUAUUUUCGAAAAGUUGGUGAUGAGACACCAACCUAUACUGGAGGAUUGUCGAAAGAGGCAAGGAAAAGACUGGAAGAGAGGAACCGGCACCAUGGGCGCGGCGUGAUGGCCAGUACGAAAGAUAGCAAAAAAGAGAGAAAAUAUAGUGAUGAAUCACCUAGAAACAACAAAUAUAAAGACAGAGAGCGAAGCAGAGACAAGGACAGGCAUAGAGAUAAGAAUGAUAGAUCAGAGAGGAGUAGUCACAAGGACGCAGAUAGAUCGGAGAGAAGUAGUGAGCGGAGGAAACGUGGAGAUAGCAGUUCGCGGUCCAGCAAGAGUAACUCGUGGGAGGAGACGCCCGAUCUCAGGCUGAAAGCCGAACAGAUGACACCAAACUACAAAUUCAAAGAUGAGCCACUCACGCCCAACAUGAGGGUCAAAGACUCACCUUCCAGGACGAGCUGGGAGGAGGAGGAGAGUGAGCCACUGCGGCGGUCGUCGACGUGGGACCUGCCCACACCCAAGCUGCACCGGAGUGAGUCGUCGGCCGCUGAUUGGUCGGAGCGCAGUCGCCGCGCUACGCCCGCGCAUCGCUUCAACACAUGGGCCAAGGACAGGAAGCGAACCGGCGCCACGCCUCUCCCCGGCAAAGAGAACUCGGUGGCCUGGGGCGAGAGCUCGGUGGACCGGGAGCAGUGGGAGGCUGAACAGAUGCGGCUGGACCGCGAGUGGUACGGCCUGGACGAGGGCUUCGACGAGGCACAGAACCCCUUCUCCAAUGUCAGCGAGGAGUAUGCGCGCAAGAAGGAGCAGCAGCUCGAACAACGGAAGAAGAAGCGCCUGUCGGCGCAACAACGACAGAUCAACAAGGACAAUGAGCUGUGGGAACGCAACAGAAUGCUGACCAGUGGAGUGGUGCUGACACUUGACGUCGAUGAGGACUUUGAUGAAGAGAACGAAGCAAGAGUGCAUCUACUUGUACAUAACAUUGUUCCGCCUUUUCUCGAUGGCCGAAUUGUGUUCACCAAACAACCUGAGCCUGUUAUCCCUGUCAAGGAUCCUUCUUCGGACAUGGCUCUGGUAGCUAGGAAAGGUUCUCCGCUGGUGCGAGUCUACAGAGAGCAGAAGGAGCGACGCAAAGCUCAGAAGAAGCACUGGGAAUUGGCUGGAACCUCAAUAGGAAAUAUAAUGGGUGUUGAAAAGAAAAAGGAAUCGGAUGAGCGACAAAAUGCUGAUGAUGAAACCGAUUACAAAACAGAUCAGAAGUUUGCUGACCACAUGAAGGAUACUCCGGAAGCGAGCAGUGACUUCGCCAAGAAAAAGACCAUCAUCCAGCAGCGACGCUAUUUGCCUGUUUUCGCUGUCAGACAAGAGCUAUUGAACGUAGUACGUGAGAACAACGUGGUGAUAAUAAUAGGUGAGACGGGGAGCGGGAAGACAACGCAGCUGACACAGUACCUGCACGAGGACGGCUACAGUCGCUACGGCAUGAUUGGCUGCACGCAGCCGCGGCGAGUGGCGGCCAUGUCGGUGGCCAAGCGAGUGUCCGACGAGAUGUCCACCAAGCUCGGCGACCAGGUCGGGUACGCCAUCCGAUUCGAGGACUGCACGUCUGAGGACACGGUGAUAAAGUACAUGACUGACGGUAUCCUGCUCAGAGAGUCGCUGAGAGAAGCCGAUCUCGACAACUACAGCGCCAUCAUAAUGGACGAAGCUCACGAACGUUCGCUGAGCACUGACGUACUAUUCGGACUGCUGAGAGACGUGGUAGCUCGCCGUCACGAUCUGAAACUGAUCGUCACAUCAGCCACAAUGGACGCCGGAAAAUUCUCAACGUUCUUCGGAAAUGUUCCCACGUUCACCAUUCCUGGUCGCACGUUUCCUGUCGAGCUAUUCUUCAGCAAGAACCCGGUCGAAGAUUAUGUGGAUGCUGCAGUCAAGCAGGCGCUUCAGAUACAUUUGCAGCCGACGGAAGGUGAUAUUCUGAUUUUCAUGCCUGGACAAGAAGACAUCGAGGUCACGUGUGAGGUACUGGCGGAACGGUUGAACGAAAUCGACAACGCACCUCAACUGUCGAUUCUUCCUAUCUACUCUCAACUGCCUUCUGAUUUGCAGGCGAAAAUAUUUCAAAGAUCGCCGGAAGGACUGAGGAAGUGUGUUGUGGCUACUAACAUCGCCGAAACUUCACUGACUGUUGAUGGUAUCAUGUUUGUGGUGGAUUCUGGUUAUUGUAAGUUGAAGGUGUAUAAUCCAAGGAUCGGUAUGGAUGCGUUGCAGAUUUAUCCGAUAAGUCAAGCGAAUGCCAACCAAAGGUCGGGGAGAGCUGGUCGUACAGGGCCGGGUCAGUGUUUCCGUUUAUACACUGAGAGACAAUACAAGGACGAAUUGCUUGUUACAACCGUACCCGAAAUCCAACGAACCAACCUUGCCAACACAGUUCUACUACUGAAAUCUCUAGGUGUCCAAGACCUCCUCCAGUUCCACUUUAUGGACCCUCCUCCACAAGACAAUAUCCUGAACUCGUUGUAUCAGUUAUGGAUAUUGGGCGCGCUCGACCACACCGGCACACUCACUCCUCUCGGAAGACAAAUGGCCGAAUUUCCUCUCGAUCCACCCCAGUGUCAGAUGCUAAUCGUUUCCUGUCAAAUGAAAUGCACUGCUGACAUCCUAAUCAUUGUUUCCAUGCUGUCUGUGCCGAGUAUAUUUUACCGACCGAAAGGUCGUGAAGAGGAGGCUGAUUCAGUGAGGGAAAAGUUCCAAGUACCGGAGUCAGAUCAUUUGACGUUUUUGAAUGUGUAUAACCAGUGGAAACAAAAUAAUUAUUCGGCGAAUUGGUGUAAUGAGCAUUUCAUACAUAUUAAAGCUAUGAGGAAAGUGCGUGAGGUGCGUCAGCAGUUGAAGGAUAUCUUGGUGCAGCAAAAAAUCGAAGUAGUUUCGUGUGGUUCGGACUGGGAUAUUAUAAGGAAGUGUAUUUGUUCGGCGUAUUUCCACCAAGCCGCUCGUUUGAAAGGUAUUGGAGAGUAUGUAAACUGUCGGACAGGAAUGCCGUGUCACCUGCACCCCACUUCGGCUCUCUUCGGCAUGGGCUUCACUCCCGACUACGUGGUCUACCAUGAGCUGAUAAUGACAGCCAAAGAGUACAUGCAGUGCGUGACGGCCGUGGACGGGCAAUGGCUGGCGGAGUUGGGCCCCAUGUUCUUCUCAGUGAAGGAGACCGGUCGGUCGGGUUCGGCAAAACGACGACAGGCGUUGGAGCACCUGCAGGAAAUGGAAGGGCAGAUGAAGGCUGCUCAGGAGGAAAUCAACCAGCGCCAACAGGAAAUGGAGCGCAAAAACACGGUUGGCAGUCGUCGGGCGGAAAUUGUCACGCCUGGUCACAAGGAGCCCGCUACUCCUGCUACCCCUAGGCGCACGCCUGCUAGGCUUGGACUCUAAAUUAGGCGCAAAAAUGGCAAUUCCUUGUAAAUGAAAUACUCGGAAAGGUCACAUCAUCGACUGAAAUAUCAGGAUAAUCAGAAAGGACGUCUCCAUUCAUCUACUGAAAUGUCAGUCCAAUUAUUAGAAAGAAUACAGUACUUGGUCCAAUCAUCCAAUGAAAUACUUGUAAUUACAAACGAUGUACUCAUAUGGCUCUCCAAUCAACCGUAUUUUCUAUCUUGAGAGUUCAUUGUCUGAAUUAUGAGAAAGGUUAGAUGUCUUCAAAAGUGUGAAGUAAAACUGAAAUAUCGUUUUUUCCUCCACCUACUUUCUAAAGUACUUACUUUACUCCCUGGAACAUAAUACUAAAGUGUCACUUUUUCGCUUUCGGUACUGAAAAACAGAAAAACUCCCUAGGGAGGAAAUGUAACUCCAUUUAAAUAAUAUGGGAAGCAUCUCUAUUUUAAAAACUUACAUUGGAAAUAGGUUAGAAGGUCUAAGCUCAGUAAGCAUAAUAGAGUAGUCAUUGAGCCAACUACAUUAAAUACCUCAACCAGAAAUUUGAUUAACAUAUGAAAUAUAUGCUUGUAUGCUAAAAUUACCUAUUACAUACUUCCAUAUUAGUAUACUAUAACAAUUUAGAAAUAUUUUUUCAAUAUUCCAUGUUAUUCAAAAUACCAGCCAACAAAUAUUUCCCAUCAACUAAUCAAAUUUGGAAUGCGAACAUGUAGUUAUGAGUCGUCCAUUGUUGUUACAACUUUUGCUGACAGAUAGCAUAUAGCGCUGUCGGCGGUGAAUUGUGAUUACUUCCAGUUGUUUACUUUUUAGGUUAUGUUGUAACACAUUGUUACUGGUCAAGUAAGUUUUUAAAAUGAUUUUAUUUGCAUUUUUUUAUAAAAAUGUAGGUGGAGGAAAAAUGUUGUGUAUACCAUGAGUGAAAAAUGCUUUUUCUGGAGGGAAAUUGUUGCCUCUUCGUUGCCUCGGGCAUCAAUCUUUCCCCUCAGGGAGAAAAAGUGGCAUUUUUCACUCUAGAUAUACAAAUAACUAUUUAAUAUCUGAUGAAUGUUAAAUGUGUAGAAUAUUUCUGCUGAGCAGUUUUGGGAACGUAGGGUAGCAGUACGUAGUUUAACGUAUUGUGCACAAUACUAGAAGAGUUGUUUUAUCUUUCAACAGACAAGGACUAGACUAUAAUCUAGAAUUGAAUUUAAAGUUGAGUGCUUGUGAAUAUUAAGUUUCAUGAGCUUAAAAUUUAUCUUUGAACAUUCACUAGAAAUGAGUUUUGCAUGCAGAAUAUGCAUUGUAUUAAAUUAUAAAUUUAUGUUUAUAAAUUUUAUAAACAAGCAUUGAAUUUCAAGUCGAGUGUUUGUGAUUCAUGAACUUUUAACUUGGUGUACAUGAACGGCCAUCGAAUUGAAGUUUUCAAGUACCUCAUGGACAUUCGAAUCUGUCAAUAAAUGGUUAAAGAAAUAAUCUAUUUCACUCCGUUAUUCAUGGCUUCUUUAUUUACAAAAAAAA